AUGCUCUCCAUCCUCGACAACUCGCUGCGCGCCCUCAACUUCGCGUUCCUGGUCAUCAUCCUCGGUCUGACCGGCUCGCUGGCUGCCACACACAAGACGCACAACAACCCACAGGUCAACUUCGCAAUCUUCACGGCCGCGUUCGGCCUGCUGUUCGACUCGCUGUACGCGAUCCCAGCUAACUUCGUGUCUGCGCUGGCCUGGCCUCUGUUGAUCGCGGUGUUUGACUUCCUGAACUUCGUCUUCACCUUCGCCGCCGCCACCGCGUUGGCCGUCGCCAUCCGUACCCACUCGUGCACCAACCAGGACUACCUCGACAGCAACACCGUGACCCAGGGCUCCACGGACCGUUGCCGCAAGGCCCAGGCUUCCGUUGCCUUCCUGUACUUCUCCUUCUUCAUUUUCCUGGCCAAGCUCGGCUUGUCGCUGGUCAACCUGAUCUCCGUCGGUGCUUUUGGCGCCGGUUCCUCUAGAAGAACCGGCAACGUUGGCGUGCCCACCAUUUCCCAGGUCUAA